AUCAGUUGGGCGCGGUGUCCGAUCUGAACGUAGUUCGAAGCCGAUCGACGAGAAGAGCCUCCGUCGGCCGAGAAGCGAACCCCGAAGGAACGGGAGAAAGAACAAAAGAGGAUCGAAGGAUCGCGUGGGAAUGAGAUGACGAUAACGGCCGAGGAGAUCGGUGGAAGACCGGAAACGAAGGGAAGACAAUAGAGUGCCGAAUCCCCGCGCGAAGUCACCGGUCUUUUGUCUCCGCGUUGCGCCCGUCUCCGUAAAAGUGCGAGUGCCGCUGCGAAAUCGUCGGAAUCGCGAACGUGGUGCCGCGACACGUCGGGGAAUCAGUUCCGAGCGUCUAACGAUCGUGCCGAUCCACCAUAAGGAAGUGAUCGAACGUUAUCGCUGAGACGACCCCUCCGAGAGACUGGUGCCAUUUAGGUAAAUGCGCGUGUUACGAGUAGACCGCGGAUAUUUAUGUGAAUUUAACACUAAAACUACCGGACGGUUGAAUCGGCCCAGUUCAGAAUUCUUAUUUCAUUAUUAGUUAUAAAAGAUGGUGGCAACAACAGUAGUGGAAAAUGUAAAACCUAGCAAUCCUAGGAAAUCUUGCGAUGUAGGUAUUGGUCCAGGCAAUUAUCAAAUAGUUGGAUGGGACAUGGAUACCACAGGCAAGAAAGUUAUAGAUGAAACAUGCCAAAUAGCUGGUUAUACUCCUAGUUCCUCAUAUUCUCAAUAUGUAAUGCCAUUUAAGGACCUCAAUCCCCCAGCUAUGAAAAGGCACAACAUGAAAGUUGCGACCAUUGGAAAGUAUCGGGUGCUUAAGGAUAUGAAAGCUAAUAAAAUAUUAAAAACCAAGAGUGAAGUAUCAGCAUUAACAGAAUUUAUAACUUGGUUGGAAAGUAUCAAAGGCGAUGCAACAGAUGGUGUAAUAUUAGUUUAUCACGAGCCACGUAAAGUUAUUCCUGCCAUGUUGCUUGAAUCCUUAAAAAAAUAUAAUCUUUUGGAAAGAUUUAAACAAACUGUCAAAGGAUUUGCAAAUGGAUUCAAUGUUGCUCAAGCAAAGUGUACGAACACAGUUCGUGCCUAUACACUUAGAGCAUUAUCCCGAACUUUAUUUAAUCAAGAAAAAGAACUAGAUAAUGCAAAAGAUAGAGCAUGUUUAGCGCUACAAAUAGUACAACAUUUAAGUUCAGUAGAAUGUACUGCAACUGAAACAAAUGGUAGCAGUGAUAGUGAAAGUGCCAUAAAGCAAACUGUAGAAUUUAUUAGAGAAUUUGUUCAACCAAUUGAAGCAGAGGAACAAGAAUACGAAGAACUAAAAAUAGUGUUUGAACGUCAAAAUACAUUAAAACCUAUUUUUGGAGUUUUGUUCACAAGGAAUCGUCGUGAACGUCAACAUGCCAGUCCUUUACGACGACUGCUCGCCGAAGCAGGAAUCGAAUAUUCCGAAUUACAGGAAGCUUGGGGUAAUGGAAAAAAGGAGGGCUUAGAAAAAUUAAUUAAAGAAAAAUUAACAACGGCUGAAGAGAAAAAGAAGGAAGAUUUAUUAAUCGUCCUCGAAAGUCACUUUGAUCCUGAUAAAAAGCCAAGGUCAAGAGUCUCAUUAGACGGGCCCGAAAUAAAAACGAAGAAUUCUAAAAUCUGCGACGACCGAGAAAAUAAUAAUAAAUGUCAGUCUGGUACUGAAAGUCCCGAUACCACCACGUUCAGUUCACCGCCCAAGUUGAAAUCGGAACUCGAGGAGCGUGCAUUUAUACCGGAAGAGUGAUCCGACCAUUACUAUUAUUGCCUUUUAUUUAAUUAUAAGAUGAAUAUUGUUUUCAGUAACAGAGUUUAAAGUCAUUCCGUUUAUUUCUAUGAUAACGUUAUUCGAGCGUGAUAAAUAUGUGAGUGUUACUUGUUGCAGUAUUGUAUUUAAGUUUUAUUUUCGUUAUAUCAAAGUAUAAAUGUAUAUCGUAUUCGCACCGAAUACAAAACGAUUUAUUUAAACGAAGAAGAGAUAUGUACAAAUAACGCAUAUUAGUUAUUUUUAGUUUGUGAUAUA